AUGAAUUCAAUGAUCGAAGAGGAUGAAACAUUUAAUGCUGCGGAAAAGUAUUUGGAUGAGAGAAUGUUUUGGAAUUUGUUGGCUUUUUUGAAUAUUAAUGAUGACAAUGAAAAGCAAACAAUUUUAAAUUCCUCAUUACCGGACGAGGUGAUGGAUGAACGAUUCAGCUUUAUUCAGGGAGGAGAAGAAUACAAGUCACAACAACAUUCAAAAUCGCCAGAAGUGCUUCCAAUGGAGUCUAAACCUAGAAGUCCAAAAAUUCGAAUGAAACCUUCUAUGAAGGAAAUAUUUGAUGGAUCUUAUUAUAAAAAGCAAAAAGAGCAUGCCAUGAGAAGUAAUCCGUCAUUAUUCAUGUCUCGCUCUGGAGCAAAUUCACUGAGUAUGUCAACCAUAAAUAUUGUCGAAGAAAAGACUCCAACCAUUGAAGAAGAAAUGGAAAAUAUCAUUGCAGAGGAAGUAGAAAAAUUAAUUCGGACUGAAAACAGGAGAAGCUUGUCACGAGGAAGCUGCCGAGAAGGAAGCUCAUCAACGAGUCCAGAGCAAAGUGAAAGUAGCCAUCAUGAGGAGGAAGCAGUAUUAUAUGCCACAGAGAACCCAUACCGAGUGUUGAAAGUGAAAAAGGAUUUGAGAAAAAUUCCAGAAACAAAGAAAAAAGUAGCAUCUCGAGAAGCCAUUGGAAAUAUCAAGUCAGUCCUACUGAAUCAAUUUGAGCUUACAACCAUGUUAAGCAAUCAGUUGAGUGAGUUGAGAAAGAAAAAGCAAUAA